AUGAAGGCGGCGCAAUGGGAUCCAGCACAGCAGAAGGUGGUUGUGAAUGAAGUCCCGAAGCCGACCCCAGGACCCGGCCAAUUCCUCGUCCGGCUUGCAUCUGCGUCACUAUGUCAUUCCGACUUGAUGUCUAUGGCCAUGCCCCAUGAGAAGCCUAUAACUAUUGGGCACGAGGGCGCCGGGUACAUCGAGGAAAUUCAUUCUACAGCGGAGAACAAAGGGUUCAAAGUGGGCGAUGGUAUAGGCUUCACCUACAUCGUCAAUUACUGCGAUGACUGCGAGGGGUGUGCAGUCCAUAACAAUCAUUGCUUGACGAAGAAGAGUCGGGUGCAUGGCUUUGACGAACCAGGCCUGUUUGCUGAGUAUGCGGCAGUCGAUGCAACGAGCUGCAUAAUUUUGCCACAGGAACUGUCGCCAGAGACGUCAAGUCCGAUCUUUUGUGGUGGUAUCACAGCUUUCCAUUGUGUCGAUUCAUGCGAGCUGAAGCCUGGCCAAUGGCUCGCCAUUAUCGGAUGCGGUGGGCUCGGCCAAUUAGCUGUUCAGUACGCAAAGGCCAUGGGUUUCAAAGUGAUUGGCAUCGACAUCAACGAUGAUAUUCUUUCAACUGCCAAAUCGCAAGGUGCAGAUGCUGUCUUCAACAGUCGUUCCAAUCCCAAUUUUUUCGAGGAAGCCAAAGCUGUAAUGAAUCGUGGACCGAACAAGGGUGCUGAUGCAGUCGCAGUAUUCAGUGCAGCCACAGCCGCUUACAAGAGCGCUCCGCCUCUCGUCAAACUUGGCGGAAUUAUCAUGGUUGUAGGACUGCCGGCUGCGGGCGUCACGUUUGAUGCAUUGGACAUUGCAAGAGGGACCUAUAGGGUGAAGGGAGACAGUACGGGUGUUCCAAAACGGAUGAAGAAAGCCAUCGAUUUCACGGCGAAGCAUCGCAUCAAGCCAGAAAUUGAAAUCCAUAAAAGCCUGGAUGCAGUGAAUGAAAUGGUUGAAAGGAUGAAGAAAGGCGAGCUGACGAGACGGCAAUUGGUGCAAUUUGUGUGA